CCCAGCCCUGUCCGGCCAGGGCCUGGGCCUCCAGAGGACGAGCAGGCCGCAGCCCGGACCCAAGGCCAGGAUGGUGCAUCCACCUCCCGACCCCCAAAUGACCACCAUGGCCCAGCCACACUGGGAGCCGGGCCCCGGGAACCGGACGGAGCUGGCCGCCCUGAUCAUCGACGAAUGUCCAUGGUGCGAGUACGACCUGCGGACCUUCCGGAUCAUCAUCAAGCUGGUGACCCUGCUGAUCUGCCUGGCCGGGCUGGCGGGAAACCUCAAAGUCCUCUGGUACCUCGGCCUCCGCAUCCAGAGGACCCCCUUCUCCGUCUACGUCCUGAACCUGGCCGUGGCCGACUUCGGCUUCCUCCUGUGCCAGGGCGUGUUCACCGGCCUCACCUUCGGCCAGCCCGUGUCCGGCUUCCACCUGUUCGACAACAGGUUCGUGGAUCAGAGCAGCUUCCUGCCCUACACCGUGGGGCUGGGGGCCCUGUCCGGCCUCAGCACCGAGAGCUCCCUGUCCCUCUUCUUCCCCGUCUGGUACCGCCUCCGCCGCCCGCCCCACCUGUCCGCCACCGUCUGUGCCCUCUUUUGGGCUCUCACCUUCCUGUGGCACCUCCUCAGAGACUACGUUUGCUACGACUUCUACGAGACCAGGCCCUACAAGCCGUGUUUCGGCUUCAGCCUCGCCUGGGGUGCCCUGCUCUUCCUCCUGUCCGCUCUGAUGCUCCUGUCCAGCCUUGUCCUGCUCGUCAAGGUCCUCUUCGGCGCCCGGCCCCCGGCCAAGCUCUCCGUUGUCAUCUUGGUCCUGGUGCCCGUGUUCCUCACCUGUGGCCUGCCCUUGGGCAUCAAGUGGUUCCUCCUAGUCUGGCAGCGGGAGCCGGCCACGCUGUUCUACUACGUCACGGACGCGCUGGCCUGUGGGAACAGCAGCGUCCGACCCCUGGUUUACUACUUGGUCGGGCGGGUGUGGAGGCAGAGGCUGUGGGAGUCCUUCAGGGUCAUCCUUCAGAGGGCCCUCAGGAGUGAGGAGGAGCUGGGGCCUACCGGGGGCACGUCCACCCCGGCCACCGUGGAGAUGCCCGCCAACGGGGUCCAGCUGGCGAACCCCGGGGAGAUGGAGACCCUCCCCAGCAAUGCUGCGGUGGGGCGGCCUCUGCCCUCUGCCCAGUGAGAGCGAAGGCUGUGCCCGCUAAUGAUAUGAUGGUAUUUGUUAAGCGCUUACUAUAUGCCAGAGACUGUACUAAGCACUGGGGGGAUACAAGCAAAUCGAGUUGGACACUCAUGGGGUGGGAGAGAGAGAGUGCUCCCCUUAUCUGCCCCACAUCACCUCCCUGGUGGCUCUGGGCUGGAGACUAAGGGUUCACAUGGGGACACAGACAGUGGGGUGAUAAUUCAUUCAUUCAUUCAUUCAAAUGUAUUUAUUGAGCGCUUACUGUGUGCAGAGCACUGUACUAAGUGUUCGGGAAGUCCAAGUUGGUAACAUAUAGA